CAUGUUUCUGACAGUCAGCUGUUGCAGGAAAGUUUGAUCGGUCUUCUUUUUUUUCUUCUUCCUUCAGAGCUCUCUUUCAGUCCUUAAUCGCUUCUAUCGACACAAAAGAAGAAGAGAAAAGUCUUCCGGCACCAAACUUCCGCAACUAUCGGCAUGAGUUUGAACGAGCACUCGCUGCAGGCGCUGUCAUGGAGGAAGUUGUACUUAAGCCGAGCCAAACUCAAAGCCACCAGCCGCACUUCAGCCCUUUUGUCAGGGUUCGCGAUGGUUGCCAUGGUGGAGGUACAACUGGAAAGGGAUUUUACUUACCCUCCAGGGCUGCUGAUAGCGUUCAGUGCCUGCACCACAGUGCUAGUGGCAGUGCACCUGUUUGCACUCAUGGUCAGCACCUGCAUCCUCCCUAAUCUCGAGGCCGUCAGCAACGUUCACAACCUCAACUCGGUGAACGAGUCGCCACAUGAGCGCAUGCAUCGCCACAUCGAGCUGGCCUGGGCCUUUUCCACCGUCAUCGGCACCCUCCUGUUCCUCACCGAGGUGAUGCUGCUCUGCUGGGUCAAGUUCUUGCCCCUUAAGAGCAACACGGAGAACAACGGCACCAUUAGUUCCGGCGAAGCCGCGGCCAUCGCGUCCACUUGCAUCAUGGUGCCUUUCGGAUUGGUUUUUAUCGUCUUCGCCGUUCACUUUUACCGCACGCUCGUCAGUCACAAAACAGACCGGCAAAUCCGAGAACUGGAGCAGGUCAUCCGGCUGCAGAACCAACUGGACCACAGGACGGAAAACGACGAGCUGAAGGCCGGAGGCCAUUUCGCUUGACCGAUGUGCUUGCUUGGAAGAGCUCGGGACAUUUCAGCCAUGCUUUUAGUUAAAGGAACAUCAUUUUAUUGUUUUUUUUUUUAAUCUGCACUGAAGCUUUGGUGAGUUCUUUCUCACAUUUUUGCGCGUUUUAGUAGGAAAACAAUUUCUGUCCUUAUGUCAUGCUGCGUUUUUGUUCCUGCAGCUAUCACGAGAUUGAAUACAAAACCCUACUGAAAGACGUCCAUAUUAGUGAUAGUUAUAGCCAUCGAUGUGUCACUAUUGUUUGAAUGAAGGAGUUACAUGCAUUAUACAGUGUGAAAUUAGCUUUAUAUGCACUGUUGGAAAAGUAGGUCAGUGGCGCAAGCAGGAUGGUGUAGUUAAAGUUAAAGUACCGAUGAUUGUCACACACACACACACACACACACACACGCUAGGUGUGGCGAAAUUCUGCAUAUUGACACAAGCGAUACCUGACAAAGGACAGUUUAAAGUUAAAGUUAAAGUACCAAUGAUUGACACACACACACUAGGUGUGGUGAAAUUUGUCCUCUGCAUCUGACCCAUCCCUUGUUCACCCCCUGGGAGGUGAGGGGAGCAGUGGGCAGCAGCAGUGGCCGCGCCCGGGAAUCAUUUUUGGUGAUUUAACCCCCAAUUUCCAACCCUUGAUGAUGAGUGCCAAGCAGGGAGGUAAUGGGUGCCAUUUUUAUAGUCUUUGGUAUGACUCGGCCGGGGUUUGAACUCACAACCUACCGAUCUCAGGGCGGACACUCUAACCACUAGGUCACUGAGUAGGUAUUUAUUCACAAUGUUACAUGUGGAAAAGAAAUAUGUGUGGAGUGAAUAUCCAAGUCCAAAGCAAAUACCUGAAGCAGAUGUAGACAGCUUUACUGUAUAAGUCUAUACAAGACAGUUCCAACUUUGGGGCAAAGGGUGGCAGCUCAGUGGAAUAUCUAAAAAGGGCAAAAAGGAAAAAAUAUGGUCACAUGUUGUACAGUCGACACCAGGGGUGCCCAUUAUGUCGAUCGAGAGCUACUGGACGACCGCGGAGGGUGUCAGUCGAUCGCCAGCCAGGCAUAAAAAAAAAUAGACCUCAAAACCAAGACGUCACUUUAUUGACAUUCACGGCACCCGAGGGUCUUUUGAGAUGACGCUGGCAACCGCGAGCUUAUUAUUGAGAAAAAAUGACCGACAGUAAGGCAAGAAACACUUUAUUUCAACAGACUGCCAUCAAAAUUCUAAAGACCGACUGCACAGUUCCUGUCUUUGCAAUAAAAGCGCUGCUUCAUCCUGCCUGCGCUAACAAAAUAAGAGUCCCAGAAAGCUGGAGUGCUCAAGAUAGCAAGCUACGGAGUUGCCGCCAAUGUAUUUUAUUGUAAAGUGUGUAAUAAGGAGUAUGGAAGCUGGACAAAUAAGAUGCCAAAUACCAACCACUUACAGAAAGGAGGACUUUUUUUUCUCCUUCAUUCAAAAAUGCGGACGUUAUCAUCACUACUGUCUGGUUGCAAUCCAUACAAGUCAUCAGAAUCAGGUAAUACGCCAACUUAUAUUCUUGUCUUCAUGAAAGAAAGGAAUCUAUAUGUGUUAAACAUGCUUGUAUCAUCGUUAAACACCUUUAACUUGUUAACAAAAUCCUCUAUUUCAUAAAUGUAAAUUAUAUAUAUGAAUGAGGUAGAUCCCCUCCACUUGGUCAAUUGAAAAGUAGCUCGCCUGCAGAAAAAGUGUGGACACCUCUGGUCCACACCAAAAUCCACUAAUAAUCAGUCCCUUCAGGAAUUUGCGAUGAUUGUCACAAUUGCACCAAUUCGACCAAACCUCACGAAUUAUGUACGGCCUCAAACACACAUGUCAACUGUUUAAUCAAAACUUAUGCUUAUUUCUUUGUAUACCAAGUAGAAAAAACAACAUGUAACAAUGUACUGAACACAAAUAUAAACCCAACACUUGUUUUUGCUCCCAUUUUUCAUAAGUUGAACUCAAAGAUGUAAAAAUGUUACUAUAAAAGACAUAUUCCUCUCAAAUAUUGUUCACAAAUCUUUGUCAAGAUUAUCCAUCCCACCUCACAUGUGUGGCCUAUCAAAAUGCUGAUUAAACAGCAUGAUUAUUGCACAGGUGUGCCUUAGGCUGCCCACGAUAAAAGGCCACUCUAAAAUGUGCAGAGUUGCUUUAUUUCCGAGCCUGCGGGUCGGUUUGUCGGAAAGUCUCUUACUUACCAACAAAAAUCACUGCCAUAGAUCGCUCUUAACAGUUCACAAAUGCUCAUAACGUGCAGGGAGGAAUGUGUUGGAACAUAAGUGAAUGUUUAAAAGGGACAAACACUUUUCAAGCUUAAAAAAUACACGGAGAAUGUCUGCAACAUGUGGACGACAGAGCAGUCCGGGAACUGCAAAAAAGGCUUUGGUGGUGUUUCUUUCUGUAAUUAUGAUUAAUGAUUACUAUUAGUUAUAAUUAAUCAAAGAGUACAGUAAUUUGACUGAGUACUGAGCAUGUGAUUUUACUGCCACCUAGUGUCUCCUUUUAAGUCUGUGUGGUAUUAAACGAAAUUCGGUGUUUUUUAGGUUAAUAAUAAUAAUAAUAAUGGAUUAGAUUUAUAUAGAAUUUUUCUAUCGACUAGUACAGCGGUUCGCAAACUACGGCCCGCGGGCCAGAUAAAAUAAAAAAUCUGGCCUGCGGGAACUCCCAAGUUGAAAAUUAAAAAAAAUAUUUUUUUUGUAAUAUAUAUAUAUAUAUAUAUAUA